ACCACUUCGCGUUCGUAUAUAGGAGCGUUGAAAUGGAUGACCUUAAUUGCACUCUGCCGGCCAUUUUGGAGUUCCCCAACUUUAUGCGACAGAAAAGUUGGGUUGCAACCGUAAUGUGCUUUUUCCUCAGCAUGUACCUCUUCAUAGUCCUGGCGAUUGUUUGCGACGAAUAUUUGGUGCCAGCGAUGGAGCGUUUGUGCUACACGCUGCGUAUGACAUAUGAUGUUGCCGGAGCCACUUUUUUGGCUGCUGCCACUUCGGCGCCUGAACUCUUCGUAGCCUUUGUGGGAACCUUUAUCACUCACGGCGACAUAGGAGUGGGCACAAUCGUGGGAUCCUCCGUGUUCAAUAUCCUGGUAAUUGCAGCCGUGUGCGGCAUCCUUACUCCACCGAGCAAGCUGGAUUGGUGGCCGAUAUCGAGGGAUACAAUUUGGUACCUCGUGGCCAUCGCGUCUCUUACGAUUGUAUUGUGGGACUCGCUGGUCAAGUGGUAUGAAGCUACUGUUUUUGUACUACUAUACCUAGCUUAUCUCAUUCAACUAAUCCUGGACCGCCGGAUACAGAAUUUGGUUCGCAAGGCGCAUACGGAGUCGGAGUUAUUGGACGAGGAUCCGAUGACGCGUGAGGAUGAGCCGCUGAAGGGAUUCCGAGAGCACGUGUGCACGAAACCGGAAUCAGGCUCUAAUUGUUGUCAGUGGACCUGGUGGGCGAUCAAAUAUCCCGCGGAACUGGUGCUUGCCUGCACCAUCCCUAGUGUUAGGUCAAUUUUCUUCCUGUCCAUGCUUCUGUCCAUUCUUUGGAUUAGUGCGAUAUCCUAUCUGCUUGCCUGGUUUUUAACCGUUGUAGGCUUCAACCUUCACAUUCCGGACUCGAUCAUGGGGCUCACUGUAUUAGCCGCCGGCACCAGUGUGCCAGAAGUGGCGUCCUCCUAUAUCGUAUCCAAAAAGGGUUAUGGUUCAAUGGCCAUCUGCAAUGCUAUUGGCUCAAACACGUUCGACAUAUUCGUAUGUCUGGGUCUGCCUUGGCUAUUAAAGAGCCUGAUUACCCAGCACAGUAUCGUGAUCGAUUCCUCGGCUCUCACCAUCACUUCGGCUAUGCUAGUAGUGACCGCCAUCAUCCUUUAUGUGAGUUUUCUGAUCAGCAAAUUUUUGUUAGGCAAGAUCGUUGGUUGGAUUAGCCUGAUCUCCUAUAUACUCUUUCUUAUCAUUGCUUGUUUACUGGAGAUGUUGUUCAGCAAAGAGAAUAUGUGCGACAUUGACGAACCCUAAGGAAUAUAAAGUCCUAUAUGACCAAUCGUUUG